UACAUGAAAUAGUUCUGGUGAAAUUGUGCCGUUAAUGUGACUCAGUGUUCGUAUCGUCUCCCGUUGAAAUAAACUUUUUCUAAACACAGCAAAGAACCGACGUGGCUCGCCAAAGAAAGGUUCGAUUUCGAAAGCCCUUGCUGAUGCCUGCUAAACAUGGGAUUACCGUUAAAGGUUAACGUAAUUCUGCCUCUCAUUCUAGAUUCAGGUAUUAUCGAAUUACAUUCGAUACGUUUUCUUUUACUCGAAAGUUUCCCCUGUGGCAUAAAACGUUUGGUGCGUGCAAGUUACACGUACGUGUAUAAUUGGCUACGGCCGAUGAAAUCUUACGAGGAUCUUUGUUCAUACGCGGCCGCCGUGGCCGGGAUUCGAUCCCGCGACCUCGUGCGCAGCAACCCAACACCAUAGCCACUGAGCAACCACGGCGGGUGAAUCAACAUUUAAAGUACCGAAUCAAAUGAACAUCCAUGUACGUCGACCUGGUCUUUUUAGCGUCGACACUUCGUUGGCCACUUAUGUACACUAAAAAAAAAAUUCCUUUCUAUACGUCGUUGAUCAGUUUCCCCUAUUCUUGUCGCUGAGGGUAGCCUUUUAAGUUAGAAGUUCAUUGAGGGAGUGUAUACAUUGUUCGAAGCGUCAACAUUCGCGAUCGCUUUCACCCUCGCUUUUUCGGAGACAGUCUUCGUCUUUGUUUGCCGCAUCCGUUGCCGUAAUUUCUGUUCUCACAAGGUGUAGCAACGAGUCGAGGUCAAAGCAAUUAACUCAAUAAAAUGGAACACUUUAUUGGACGUACUUGCGUCCCCGAAAAAAAAAAAGGAAAAAAGCUCGGCGCAGCGACCAUCGUGACAAGCACAGCAUGCCGUCGGCGAAUCAGAACUGAAAAUGGCGGUAGGCUAUAUUACUCUACGGAAGCGCUUAAGCGUCGCCGCCAUUUUGGGCUGUUUGCUCUGCCGUUUUCUGUCCGUAACAACCAGAUGCAAGGUACUAAGAUUCAUAAUUUUUUGCCGCUAGGUUUGCCACGCUGCAUGACGUCGGCAUGAAAUUAUCAAUACAAGCAUACAGACCCGUUUCACGUGGAUAAUGCGACAGUGACUUAUGGAGUGUAUUGUCCGUAACCCAUCGUUUAUAGCAUACGAUUUAAAUGCAUACAUGAUUGUGCGGAAGCGUUCGGUGUUUCAGAUGACCGGGUUAAUUUGCCCACCUCGCUAUAGCUGCAGUGGCUGGCGUUAUACGCAGGAGCUCGUGUACUUAGACUUAGGUGCAUAUUAAAGAAUCCCAGGUGGUCAAAAUUAAUGCAAACGGCUUCACUACUACGUCCUUCGUAGCCCACCGUGCAGUUAAGGGGCGUUAAGCCCAGCCAUUUAAUUUGCACCAUGUUGAAUUGGCGUCACUUGGAACCAAUAAAUAAAUAAAUAAAUAAAUGAGAAAUUGCACGUGUAGCAGCUCAAGGUGGUAGCGGCCCACGAAUUUAAAAAAAAAAAAAACCGUCUAUAGUACACUAGGCAGAAAUCUCCCGAUUACCCGAAUGUACAUGAAGGAGCUGGGAGGCUCGAGCUGAAGACGCACUCAGAUAAGGCAAUCACAGCAUACAGCUUCAAGAACGCGCUGGUCGCAUAGAUGUGCACAGGUAAUGCAAGAACUCGUGCUCGAAAAUUUGAAGCAUAAAACAAUAAAACGAUAUGCCAGUGGCGGUAAGUAAGUAAAGUAAAGCGAACACAUCUCGCAGAAAUCGGGACCAGGGCGUACGCGACACUAAAAUAAAGAGGUCCGCAAGGUUGGCUAAGAAAGCACCGCUUUAACAUGGCAUAUGUCCUGCACGGGUUUUUACCUUUGUUGCGUACACUUAUAGUGAUUUAUAAACUGAGCGCAUGUGUUUUUUUUUUCGUUCUCUUUCUUUCUUUAUUUUCCUGUUCGUAUGUUCAAUAAAAUACCGCCGCUAAAUUAAGCUUGUUCAAAACUGGCGGGAAAACUGCCUCACGCAUCGCCGCCUGCUGGCAGCCACGGCAACCGCGCCGACCACCUCGCUACUUCUCGUAAUGGCCGAGCAAUGACGCUGCCGUCGCAGCAGCCGCGUCUCGCGAUCGCAUACGAUCUCAUAUGCUCGCCGCCGCUGUAUUUCGGUCGGUCGAUCGUUGAAUCGAGCACCGGCCGCGGUCUCUGGGCGAGUAGGGGCUCGCUCUUUCUUGUUUUUGUUCUACCUGCGGCCCGCGAGGCGGCUGCCUGUUUCUGCGGUGAUACAUCGGCAGCUGGCCCGCCGUGCGCGCACCGGAGCCCAUGGUGAAUCUUGCGAGCGUCGUUCUUCCUCCCAAGCGAAGCGCGCCUGCAUCAGCUGCGUGGUGAGGCGGGACUGCCGCGUCCGACCAUGACUCGUCCACGUUCCACCAACACCUCCGCCGGCCGCGGCGGAGCCAGCGCAACGACGACGACCACGGCAGAAGCCGCAUCGGACGCCGCCGCUGUAAACACAACGCCGUACCGUCGCCGCCGCAACUUCGCCGUGCACCGCGCCGCCGAUCAGCCGCCGUCGUUCGCUCGUGCGCGCUCCGCAGUGACUGCCAAGCCGACGUUACGGACUACAUGUCGUCUGCGUCUCCCGUCGCUCUGAGUGUGUGCGUGUGCCGCGUUCGGCAGGGACACACUUCCUCUCCCGUUUUCCUCGGCCACACCGCACGGGGGUCGGAGCCUCGCCGCCCGGCUCGGGAGCCACCGCCGCUUGCUGCGGUUCGCGUCGUCCGCGGACAAUAAUAAUAUUAUGGCCGCCGUGCUCAAGCGGCAACGUUCUCGGCGCCGGCUCGCCGCCUUGACGUUCCUCUCCAACAUAUCGCUAGACGGCACGCACCGGGACACCAAGCUGGGCAUCUUCAACCGCGCCGGCGGCACGCAGUCGUGCGACCUCGACGUCGACCGAGGAGGUGGCGCGUCGUCGUCGGACACGUACCAUCCCGCCGGUUCCGCGAGGACUGCCGUCGAGGCGCGGGAAGAAGACGACGAACUGUGCAGCUCGCCGCCGCCGCCGCUAGCGAAAUACGGCGGCGCCGACUCGACCGGCAAGGCGAGCAGCGAGGAAAAACUGGCCUACUGCGGCGCAGGCAGCAGCCCGCAGGAACGCGAUAGGGUACACAGCUUCGCCUCCGAGACUCGCAUCCGGCUGCCGUCGGUGAGCGGUAGCGGCGGCUCCACGAGCGGCAGGCGCAGGCCCCAGCCUGCGAGCGGCGGCCGCCAGCAGCAAUACGCCGCCUCCCGGAACCAGUCCUCCUCCGGUUCCUCGCACCAGGUCCGGGGCAGCUGCGAGAGCCUGGGUGGCGUGCCGGCGCCCGUGCAGUCCAGCCGCAGCCGACAGACGUCUGGCAGCUUCUCGGACAGCUCGCACUCGUCCUUCGAGCAGAAGGUCACCGCCAAGAGCAACAGCCGGGACCAAUCCGUGCGCGAUGAGAGGGUGUACAUGGUCAGCGCCAAGCGGGCGCCCGUGGUCGUCUUCUCCGCACUCUCCUACAACCGACGGAGCCUGCGCAGCAGCGCCAAGCCCGAGACAAAGGCAGACUCCUCGCGCCGACGUCACACAUCCGGGAACCGUCAACUGCUGCCCCUCAACGAUGGCAGUGACGCGAUGGACAUGCUGUCACUACUUGGCAUUCAUCGACCGGAAGAAGGACAGUAUCUGUCCUUCGGUCCCUACCUGGUGUCCUCACGGCAAAACCACAUGUCGGCCGUUCAGUUUCGCUGGUCAAAAUCUCAUGACCCUGAUGUCGCCCAUCAUGGCCACUCUCAGUACGUGACUCGCUGCAUUUCUCACGAUACGGGGACGUCGGCCACCACGCCUCCUAGUGCCAGCAGCUUGGAGAAAAGUUUUGAGUGGAACAACAAGGAUGACGUGAGCCUUCUUCCAUGUUGUGGGACACCUGUGCCAUACAGCCCAGACCUCCUCGACAACCCGGAGCUGAUUGCCGGAAAGCACAGUACCAUGCUCAGCUUCCCUUCGUACAUUACUUCCAUUAUCGACUAUGUGAAGCCGUCAGACCUGAAAAAGGAGCUCAACGACAAGUUUCGCAGCAAGUUCCCACACAUCCAGCUCACCCUCAGUAAACUGAGAAGUCUAAAGCGUGAAAUGUGCAAAAUUGCUUGUGGAGAGUGUGGAGUCGACCUGUUGACAGUGGCCCAAGCUUAUGUAUUCUUUGAGAAACUCAUUCUUAAGCUGCUGAUUCACAAGCAAAACCGCAAGUUGUGUGCAGGAGCAUGUCUGAUGCUGUCGGCCAAGCUUAACGACAUCAAAGGCAACGAAAUGCGCACCCUCAUUGAGAAACUCGAGUGUGGCUUCCGGCUGAAUCGAAAGGAGCUGCUCGAUUUUGAGUUCGGCGUUCUAGUGGCCCUGGAGUUUUCACUGCACCUCCCAACGUGGCAGAUAUACCCACACUACCAGCGUCUUCUAUACGAGUCUUGAGACGAACUUACGACGGGGCACAACAGAAAGAGUGAACUGUGCACCGGUGCCCGUCUUCAACCGCACCAGCCGGGGUGCUCGCCAUCCUUCACCAGAAGCUGUUGACAGCCUCAUGUGCAGUGUUUCCUUUUCAACUGCAACAGUGUGUGAAGCACCUAACUUAAUGCCAGCUUCCAUGGUACACAGCGGAGGGGAACGAUCUGUGGCUCGCUUGAGCAUACUUCCACACUCGUCACAAGCUGCUUUUAAGCUGUAGUUGUCUACAGCGCCGGUGUAAGGUGCAGCUGUAAGCUGCAGUGCAUUGAGCAAACAGAACUGAAAUGAACAUGCAACUUUUGCUGCUGUCUGUGACCUCAUAGCAGCAACUGCCAAGUCGUCUGCAACGUUUGCCUGCAGUGUCGUCUGCAACAUUGCCUAUGGUACUUUCUGCAACGUUGCCUGGAAGGACAUCCGCAAUACUUGCCAGACUGUGUGCACAUGUAGGUGUGCCUCCUGCCCUGGUGUACGCUUGAUACUGGAACUGCAAGUCGGGUGUACCACACAAGACGGGUGUGCUGUAGUGUGCAUAACGCGAGCUUCGCUGCCGCAUUCUUUUUUUUUUCAUCUUGGCUGCGCCGUCAUUGCCAAGUGCUCUGCAGGGCCGCACUACUAACUGCGUACAUAUUCAGCUGAUGUAUCACCAGCUGGGCUCUUCCAAGCUGACCUAUUACAGUCGUGUAUUUGUUCCUGGUCAGCUGUAAAGAAAAAAAAAAGUUUUCCAUUUUCUUUAGUCUAAACAUACCAUUUCUGUGGUAAUCCAUGUGCUGUGGAUUGUUUGUGGUAUUUGCUAGAGAAAGGUGCAAAGAAACACCAGUGUCUCUCAUUUUCUUCUUUUCUUUUUUUUUUUUUUCAUUUUCAGUUUUUGUUAUGGAAGAGUGAUGAGCGCAUGAGUUUAUGGAGUGUUCUUAAAAUGGCAAGGCAAUGUUGUCAUUAACAGUGAGUACUAACCUUAACCAAACGUUUAUAAUUGGUUUGCUGGGAAGCAGUGUUACAUAUGCUACAUCCUUGUGAUAAUUUUUGCGAUGAAAACACAUGGUAUGUUCUACCACUAGUCGGGCUCUAGGGUAUUUCACUUAAGUUGACCAUGCUGAUUAUGGCAGUACAUCUGCCCACCAAAAAUAGACUGAAAUUGAGAGACAUAGAAGUUGAAUACCUUCUAGGACACAGUUGUAAACAUUGUGAAAUGUAACAUUUGUUCAGGCUUCUUGAAGUGCAUAUUUUAAGGCUUCCUUUGAAAAAUGCAAUCAUUGAUGCUAAACCACAUCAGUACCAGCUGAAGUCUUCAAUUAGGCAUUGAGAACUCACUGAGAGUAAAAUGGCUGUUUAAUUAUAAUGUACAGAUCUCGUCAAGAAAAAUGUCCCAAAGCCAUAUAUGGUUUCAAAGCCAUAUAUGGUUUCAAGUCAUGGUCAAAUUUAAGCUUUGUUGAAAGAUUUUACAUUUAUACAAAAGUUCAACAGAAAAAAUAAAAUCAAACACAAAAUUCAGGCAUGGUUGUGGCUUCAUGCCUAACAUCUUGUUUGCGAGGUGAACGGUUGUGAUGGUGUCUUAGUCAUGUUUCUUUGGUGCAUCAAAGAGAUCUGCUGAAAGCAAAUAGUACCUUCGUUUCUUUUUACAUCUUUUUUACCUUUGUUACUUUGUUACUGCAACCUUUAUUUAUUUUAGAUGCAAUGGUGCUUAUUUUGCUGUUUUGGUCUUUGAUACCACAUUCUCAUCUCUAAUGCGGUUUUAGGCAUGGAUUUGGGUGACAUAUACUAAAAAAAAACGAUGAAAAAAAAAUAGCUUAUACUUGAGCUAUACAUUAGUAGCCAGUGAAGAAACAUUUAUGUGAUUGUAUCUCUUAAUAGUGGUUCUAUUCCUUCUGUAAUGGUGACGUGAAUCUGCUUUGUUUACAAUGUAAGUUGAUAUCAUAUACUUACUAAACAUCGGGUCGCCUAUCAAUCUAUACCUACAUUCAUUUAUGUUCAUGUACUGCUGUAUUCACACUUUCGCUUAUCAGCAUCAAAAGUAGCCAGAGCAGGUUUCGAUAAGGGAAAGAAGUGUGUAUUGGUUUGCACUGUUGAACGAGCCUGGCGUCAUUCGUAGUCUGUUUACGACUUUUCUGGCAACGUUAAAGUUUGGUGUGAACACUUACGGAUGACGUCAAGCUUAACUAGGGACGACAUGGUGUGACGCAGUGUCCGGCAUGACAUUACAUCAUAAUGUGAAAUGGGAUGAGCAUGAAAGAUGGCUGCUUCAGUGUUGAUGGGGAACCUGAUCAAGCCAGUCAGAAACUUGUUGGCUGCAGCUGUAUUAGUAUGACAAGCUGUAAGCCAAAUCGGAUGUCAAAUCAUACCAUGUCUCCUGUUUUAAUGCAGAAGCACGAUUGAUUUCAGAAAGGCAUCACAACCAUAUUGCCAUUGCAAGAAUUUGUCAUUUCCCCCUACCUUAAACCAUACUCCCCAAGAAUUUUUUUCUCGCGAAUGCUAUUUGUUUCUUAUCACUCGUGGUGCUGAGUAGCCUAUUCCAUCGACAAGCUGGAUGCGCCAUCAUACGAGUUAACGUAGAAGCGCAAACAGGAAUGAAAAAUGCAAAGAAUUGUCAUGAGAUAUAGCCCCUGUUUGGAUUGAAAGGGCUUCUCCCGUACAAGCAAGCUCGAAUUAAGUACAAAGGGGAAAAAGCAAAUUAAUAUGUAGAAACCUGCUUGCACUUCAGCCUGUGUUUGCAAUAUUGGUGCAAGUUACUUGCAGAUCCCAGGCUUUGGAGCUACAUCGUGUUUAGCAACUGGUCACGUAUAUGGAGCUAUGUGGCAACUUCCAGUAGUUAUGAGUAAAAGGUGCUCUACUUUGUUUCGCAUCUUCUAUUUCUAGACUUCCUGUUCUGACACUUAUCUAUUGACAACAUUGGCAAAUCAUUUCAUGAAAGUCUUAUGUGAAAGUCUUGUUUCUCUGUUGUAUGCAGCCCUUCUUUUUUUCUUCACAUACAAGUUGAUUCAGUAGUUAAAUCAUAGCAACAACCUGCUUAUUACUUUUUCAUAAACAACGGCAAAAGGCCUAUAAUCUUUUCCUCUCAUUCAUUAUCAUGAUUGUCAACAUUUGGAGACAAACUGCAUUGAACAGUGUUACAUUGUAUGCGUUUAUAUAAUCAUAAUAGUCUAUGCCAAGAUUGUGAAAGUAACAGAGGAGUAACGUACAGAAAGAUUUUUGAAAGAAACGGCUUGUACAUAAGGUCAUUACGAUAUAGAAAUGGUAGUGAGUAUUUGUUGAUGGAUGUGAAGCUGGUAGCUGUGAUUUCACUUUUUUUUCUUUACAUGCAUGUUUCAUUUGCAGCAUAUAUAUUUCUUUUUCAUUUUGUGCACGUGCCUUCUUAGUUAUCUACUUGCCCAAACUAAGUUGUGUUCAUGUCAUUGUUCUCAUGUUCAGGCAUGGUGUGUGUUGAAUUUUUAUGCACUCAUGUUUUGUUAGAAUAUCUUUCGUUGAGUUAGCCUUUAUGCUUUUCUUCUCUUGAAAACACAGACUGUUCUUUAACGUCGUAUGUUUUUUUUAUCAUUAACUUAAUUAUGCUUAAAAUCCAUGAUCAUUACCACCACCAUAACUAAUGUUAUUAGCAAGCACAGUUGAAAAUUGUUGAUACAUUACUGGUUCAUACGAUUUUUCUGUUUACACAGUCACCCUACAAAAUACAAAAAAUGCUUAAUCUGGAUAUUGUGGUUUUCAUUUUCCUUGUACGAAGCAAAUCGUACCGUUCCUCCAUCAUGAAUCUAACAACAGGCAUAUUGUAUGAACCAGGAAUGCAUCAGUUAAAUGAUAUCGCACAUGACUUUAAUUAAGCUGAUUCCUUCGCAGAAUGUAAAACCAGUUAUUCUGGUAGCUGCCUGUACUGCCUUAUUGCAUGCAGCUGAUGUCGUGGAAAACUGACUCCAUGUUGUUGUAAUUGUGGAAGUGUAUGUUUCUGGCAAGGUGUCCAGUCAUUGAAUCGCUUACUUGGCUGAAGAAUUUCUAAUUAUGGCAUUUUGUUAAGGCACCUUGACUGUUCUCUCGAUGCUUGGAACAUUACACCGACUUUAACUGUACAGUCAGCCGCAAGAGGUUAUGGGGCAGUCCAUGACAAAUGUGAAUUCCUGCUCUGUUGAGGCACGGCGCUUCUAAUUUAACAGUGUGCGCUGCAAAGAAUCUUAGAUUGAAGCUUUGAAUUCUAGCCUGCGUGUCUGGCCUUCACGGGAAUAGAACUUUUUCGCAAAUUCUGCGUCCCGCUAACGUUUUGUGGCUGACUGUAAUUCACAUGAAUCCACACAAUGUGAUGUACUUUGACAAACAAGCAUGCACCAAAGCCCUGUGUCAUCUCAGCAGGAGCUGCAGCACAUUCUUUCAUUUCAGCACCUACAGCAGUUGCAGUGUAUUAUGGGGGCAGGAAUUGUCAUGAUCAGUUGACUAAAACUGCGUUGUACUUUUUUUUUAUAUCUUGUCAUUAAUAAGCAAUGUAGUGUACUUAAAUUGUUUGGGAUUUACCAUGGGUAGGUAGUUAAAGCGCCCACUUUCUAUUUAUCUGUACUGUAUAGUUUCACUGCGUUCGUACAAAUAUGCAAUUAUGUGCUCUUUCUUGUAAAGGUCUUGCAUGUUAUGCGAGUGACAUCAACGUGAUUGCCUUGCAUGUGCGCGCCCAAUGUCUGCAGCAAGUUCAGGGUGCACGGGAUAGGCCUGUUUUCCAUUGUAUUCUUCAUAUGCAGUGUUGAGGACACGAAUUUGGAUUGCACUGCGCCAGUUUCAGUUCUAUCCAGCAUUUCCCAAGUCUGUCUUUCUAAAUUUGAGCUAUUAUAUAAGUGAACAUAUGCUGCGAGCCUUGCGAGAGGGAACCACGAAAUUGUUUUUAAGAAAUGUUCAAUCCUGUUGCGCGAUUUCCAAUCUGACUUGUCAGUGUGCAACAAGUAGCUUCUCCAUUGAGCAUUUGGCCUAAUUGAACACUUUAAUGCGAGGCAUUUUCAUUUAGAUUGUACAACCUCUUGGAAGCUAUUUGAAUGUUCACUUUCAUAUUGUGCAAGAUAUGAUUCGUGUGUGAUGAUCAGCAAGUUUGUUUUCUUUACAACGUCCCCUUCGUCACCUACGAAAUUCACCAUUCAGUCAGAUAUAGUCAAUACAGAUAUAGCAAACUUACAAUGAAGUAGGUAGCUAAACCACACAAUUUAUCUGCCUAAGUUCUUGCAAUCAGUACAAGAGCAACAGCUUUGCAGGUGGCUCAAAAUUGUGACGUUCAGUAGAAUCUUGGGAAUCUUUGGUUGACGUAAUUUUUCCUCACAGUUUGGCAGCUGUACUAAUUAUUUGUUGCUUCUGUACCUGGGAGCUCCUGUUGUCAUCUAGAUGCUGGCACUUGCGAUUUCUUCAUUGUUCAUACAAAUCGACGUGUGUUGAGAAAGGGAGGGGAUUAUAGAGAACAUUAAUGUGGUGCUUAAUUUUUUUAAACAUCAUGGACGGGAAAACAUCUUCUGAGCCUUGCACGGUCUGUCGAGUAGCUUAGCAUGCAACAGUUGCGUUUUAACUUGGAACAACACAGGCUUGCCUUCUUUGUGUAGCACACAUUCAUUAGAAUGUAUUGAAAAGUUAUAUUUAGAUGUCCUAAAGUGUUUGGCAUGUGGUUGCAUGUUUGCCAUCACUACAGGAAGCACCCAAACAUCCCUGACGAUUGAUAGUCGCACACAUUUCCAAAGCUAGCAAGCAUCAUACAUAAGCAUCUGUGCUUGCGGCUAAGUCUUUUGCAAUCGUAAAAUGCUUCUCCUGGUUUUGUAACUAGUAGGACAGUUCAUGCAUGGGGAAGGUGGGAGAUGGAAAUUGCUCAUUGUCUAGUAGGACAGUUUAGUAGCUCACGACAGACAAGCAGUUGCAAUUAGCAUUGAGAUAUUAAACAAAGCCGAAAUGCUGCGAUUUCAGUGACAGUUGACUAUCAGCGCCUCACUGCUACAAGAGUGGUGGCAGCUUUGCACUUAGUCACUGGCAACGAUGCACAGUUGCAAAGAGAAGCGAUGUUCAUCUGAGGAUACAUGCUAAUGAUGUCGAUGUUAGCUAAAUCCCCAGUGUGUGGAACACUCAUCUCUCUACUCUUUCUGUAGCACAAAACGCUUACGUCUCUGCCGUGUCCAUUUACAGCAGACGAAUAAGCAUGGCAAGCAUGUUUCUCUAGUUCUCAUCUUGAAGCACUGUCAUGCCCUUCUAGCCACACGUUGCUUGUGCCCAACGCAGAUUAAACUGCGCCCCAAGCCUUAGGAACUGCAUGGUUGUCGUGGUGCUUUGAAAUUAGCAGCGUUUACUGUUCUAAAGCACAUCGCUGUGCUUGCAUUGUGAAACUGUGCUCGCAAUGCGUUACUGUCGCCUCAGAUAUGAAUUUGUCAUCUGCAGCCAUUACAUAAGCAUGUGUGCAUGCGUGGAUGCUUUGGUUGAUCGAGAGCUGGCGCGUGAUAAACAUUUUUGAGAUAAUGUGUUUGCCGAGUGUGCAUUUUUGUGGCGAUCAUCCCAAGCGUUGUAUUUAAACAGUACCUGUAAAUGUCAUCAGCUGCUUUUAUCAGCUGUCUCUCCUUAUUUUGUGUGUAAUACAGUCCACUUCUUGGUUGCAUUUUUGUGUAUUAUGUGUUAGCGCAUAGCAUGGCUUGCUAGAAUGCACGCUUAAUGUACCCCACUCAGCAUCACUUACGAAAGGUGUGUUACAGAUAGGGUUAGAGCAAGCUCGAAAAGUUGUUAUGCCAGGCAAUGAGAAUAGUGUCACAAAAAUUGGUUGCAAAAAGGAAAUACUAGAAAGCGUCGGUGCUGUGAUGGCACCAGAUUCCUCUGACAGCUUAGCACACAGAAAUGUGAGCUGAACCUUUCCCUUCUGCAGGCUUCUGCUUUAUCGAUUUGAAUUUAAUCAACAUCAAUAACAACUGAUGCCAGAUAACCACCAUGAAGUCUUCAGAUUAAACAAAAUCUUCCUGUGCACAAUGCUAGAUGGGAAUUUAUGCAAGCAGCUUUGAUGUGUGUCUCGAAUGGCCUCAAAUAACAAUGCUAAUACGAGUUACCCUGCGGCAGUGGUAUGUAGCAGUAACUGCAAAGCAAAUGAACCUCAGUGAAACACGUGAAGUAUCACUGCGCCUGGCAUAAUAACAUUUGGGCCCGAUUGUAGGUUAGAGAACAUGAGCAAUUCCAAGUGCCUCAUGUCCUUCUUGACAAAAUCUGUACAGUAGAACGGACGACUGAUAGCAGUGGGAGUUGUGACAGGUAGAACACAAAGCUCAACUUCCUUAGUGCUCAGCAAUGCAGCAGUUGUGGAAGUAACUGAAGCCUGUGAGCUCACAAAAACACGUCUCAUGUACAGAGAUCUUCUUCUGUCAAGCUGUGUGCAAGAAAAGAGUAGAAAGUUGUGUGAAAACACUUAGGCGGGCUCAGCAAAAGUGUAGGAAGGAAAAUAAACAGCAGACGAUGCAAAGAACUGAUGACAUGAGCAUGUGUCGUCUGCUUCAUUGUCAGCGCUGUGUCCCCUGCGUUGCAGAAGUACAGGAAGAACAAAGAAGUGCCAGCUAGAUGGGCUUGAAAAUGUUCACUUUAGGCUUAGCCAAGAUGCAUGAAGGUGUCUGCAGAUUCUAUUCUGUGAUGAGGUGUAAAAGAUAUAAAGAUCUGCAAGGUAUAAAAGGUAUGCAAGGCCAAUCGCAUUCACACUGCUUCGGACUGAAUGUGUAUCUAUGCACAUUCACCGAUCCCAAACGAGCUGAAAUGGAUAAGCAAUGUUGGAGGCAGCUCCAGGCUGAAACAUACUUCUGUACAUAUUUCACAAUUUCAUACUUAAGCUUCUCAACUUAAUACCUGUACUAUUGCCGCGGGAGUCAACCGCAUCCUUGUUAAGUGGCUGGCAUUUAUGUCCUAACAGCAAGGACUUACACUGGUGACACAGGACCGAUUAUCCUAGCUGCACCGGCCCCUAUCGGUGAGGUAGCAAGAUGAAAAUGCCUAAUUAGAAUUCAUUUAGGGAAACACAAGUAGACAAAAUUAGUUCAGAGCCUUGCAUCAACUGUUUUUAUUGUAGCCCAGGUGUAAAUUUGGGAUACUAUAAUUCUGUCAUUGUAGUGUUCAACUCCUUCUGAAAGGAUUAAUUAAACAAGCUCCGUAGCAUGCCAUGCCCAGACUUUAUUACCCAUGGUGCAAUGUUUUUUUAUAUAUAUGUAGGGCACCACCUGGGGCUGACCUGCAGAACUACGUUGAUAAAGCAAAUACACAACAAUUGUGCAACUGAUGUUGGAUGCAGGCUCCAUUUUAUAUGCUUGAAGGAAAUGACAGAGUGACGAAUGUAGUUGCAUCAGAUUUCCACUUGAUGCCACAGACAUUUUAGGUGUACUAGCCGAUUUUGCAUUAAGUAGUGUGCAGUGAUGGGUUUGACUUUGAAGCUUCCAAAGUUAGCAAAGGUGAUGCUAGUGGUGUUUUCUAGGCCGAGUUGCCAUUUGUUUUUCACUUGUGUAGAAGUGUAGAAAAUGAUCAUGGUGUGGGCAUAUUUUUGCAAUGAGUUGGUACAAAAAUGUUCUUGUGCUUUUCCAGGGCUAUGAAAAGCACAUAUCUUGCCCUCAACUAAUGCUUGUCAAGUGGGUAGUAGAAUCACUUAUGGGAGUAGUCUUGAUUAGGUGAAGAAUGGUUAGUUAAAGAAUCAGUACAGAUUCACAGCACAUUGUGUGGUCACGCUUCUUGUGGUUGGGAAUCCCACUUUUAAACGACUGGCUGGCAGCAUCUUUGAUACCUCACCUACUUGGGGUGACAAAAAGAAGGUGGCCUUUUAUUAUUUCUUUAGUUAUGAACAGAAAAAUAAAAAAAAAUGCACUGCCCAUGUGGCUACAAGGACUAUCCGUGGAGCAAGCUAAGCGAGUCCACCUUCAAGAUUGAAAUCGGCGCAGUAGGAGGGGCUAGUAGUUGAUCAGUCGUCUUGCUGUGAAUUAUAAGCUGUGUGUAAGCAUGCAAAAAAGUUCAAGGACGUGUGUGUGGCUUGCACACUUCUUUUGUUGUUUAUGUCCACAUCCUUUUUGUACAGAGCUCAGAUCUGUUCAUAGCAGCAUGCAAGCAUGUAGCCUGCGAUAUUGUCUGUGCUGUCUCUGUUGAUAAACAGUGGUGUUAUAUGAAAGUCUACGGUCGUGUUUUGGAAAAAAAAAAGAAAGGUGCCUAUGCUUGGGCCGCAUCUAUAAUGCGGAAGGUGUAGAGAGAGCUCAGAUUUAAUAGCAUCACAAGAGCAUGUAACUGGCAUUAUCAUAUACAUCAUUUGCUGGUAAGUGUCGACACAAUUGGUGGGCAUGCAAGCAUGCUCCCCAGUGUGAUGGCAUUACCUGCGACAAGAACAAAAACCAAAGGUCACUCAAACUCAAGCAGCUACUUUCAGCUGAAAGUCAACGCUUGUCUCUCAACUUUGCCUUUCAUCUUUGUUCCAAGCCACAGUCUGCGCUUUGUCUAAUCUUCCGAUUCUUGUCCUCUUCACAAGUUGUGCUGUUACAUCUUGGGUCACAACGAACCAACUAUACCCAUCUUUGACAUUACUAAGCUAUAAGUAGGCACUGCAAAAACCGUACACUCAUCUUCAUCCAGCAUUUAAAUCUUGAAGGAAGUGCAAGUCGUAGUGUUGGCUUGCAUUGGCCUGGUCUCAAGGCGCAAAAAGACAAUAAUGAUAGGGUGCUCACUUGUGAUUUGCACCUUUAGUUGCGUCACCAGAGUCUGCCUUGGUCCCAAGACAACGCCAGCACAUGCUAAAGCCACCAAGUACUCAGACGUCCUUCACAACACAACUGCAGAUUCAAAAUGUUUGCUUUUUGCCGUUAGCACUGUGUUUAUAAUCUUGCCAACUGCACUGGUAUUUACCAACAGACAACGUACAUGACAAUUCCAGCCACAUGCUUCCAUGUUGCUAUUAACUCUUAUCUUUAUAUGCAGUGUUCACAGCAAGACAACUGUGAAAACACGUUUUCAUUUUGUAAUUGGGCCUAAUGAAUCUUGACCUUUCCAGAGUGAUUCAGGUUCAGUUGUGACUUCGUGCUUUCCAAUUGAUAGCAUCACGUGUGAAAUAAAGUUAUGAGUUUAUUGCAUGCAAGCAUAAGACCGCGACGCCAGUUUCUGCAGAAGGCCUAUAAUCUUGCCAUCUGCUAGUCCUUCUAGUUUUGUCUAAAACGUUCUUCACAGAAACGAUUCUAUGCAAUAUCAACUGCACUGCAAAGGUGAGGUGUACUUCCACCCGAGUCAGCACAAAAAUUCAGAUAGCAGAGUUCGAGAAAGAAGGCUGUAUAUUUCCACAGUCUGCACACACCGUCUGAUCUUCAGAUUUCCAUCCUCCACCACUUUAUGCAAGCAAUACAAUAUUGUACGAUUCUGGUGGCUGUGGUCGGAAAAAGGCUUGGAAAUUGAAUGUUUGUAUUGGCUCCCACAGUCCAUACACUUUUGAUGCUGGCUGUGCCUGUACAGCCCAUAUGCCAAACAUUGCCUGCAUGACUGCAGAGACCCAUGGGGGCGUGUAGACUUAAACUUAAAUAAAAUGAUUAAUCGCCAGUGAAAGUGUAAGGCCUUGGUUCCAGUUUCUGCAGAAUGCCUGUUGAUGAGUGGAUCGUUAGGAUGACGAGCAGUAGGACUGCAUGUGAAGUAAACGGAGGUACUACUUACUGGCACUUAUUCUGGCACAAAUCUGUGAAGAACUGUUUCCCUCCAGUCUAUCUGCUUAUCAAAUAAUCAUUGCCACUUGACAAUUUAGAAGCAACCACUGUCACAUCAUGCCGUAUGCAGCCAUAAAGAACCUUGCUGUGCCAGAUUGAACCUUCUGACCACAGCAAAAGAAUCUUAACAAGGUGAACCUGGCACUGGCUAGAUAUUUCCACAAUGGAUGCUUCAUGCCAUUGUGAAUGAACAGAGGCAUUGGGAAAUGAACAUUAAAAGUUGCAGCGGUAAUGAAACUUCAAUCACUUAACUGAUGCCCAGACAGCUAAUAGAUGUGCGUGUAAAAAGUCUGCUAAAGGUAUGCCAGAUAAGAACAUACUUCUGUCAUAAUCUGUCUUUUGUCUCAAGAUAUGAGCAGUGUUUGACACAUGUACUGUUGUGGACAAACGGAAUCCGAACAAGAUAGCUCGUGACAGAACAGCAAGAUCCAUAGACUGCACUUUGGUAGAGGUGUUGUUCAGUGCACUUGACGAGAGAUUUGCGCUGUGUUCCGCAUCCUUUGUAGCAGAAAAUGAGCUGCGCUGUUGUAAGGAGAACUUCCCUACAUGAAACCGUCACAUUUUUCGUUUGUACGUUUAAAAUGUCCCGUUUCUGCUUCGUCUGUCCACAGUAGUACUUGCCGGAAAGCUCGGUGCAGAUGACAUCUUUCUCCUACAUUUCCACUGUCCAUGUGUGCUUUCGCUGCAUUACCUCUGCAUGGGUGCGACAAGGACUCUAGUACCAUGUGUUUCAAAUAAAGUUAUACAAAAUUUCAAUAAAUCGUCUUUGGCAAUAGGCACAAUUCUAAUCUUCGAGUUGGAAUGCUCGAAGAGGCCAACAUUAUUUGCAGGAGUUGAAAAACAUGUAGCACAGCAACUUUUUAACGAUUACUUUAGGGCAUGUAAUGAAAUUUACAAACAGAAGCCAGGGAUUUCUCAAGGCGCAUCCUCUUCGGACACAUUUUCAAUCUAGCUUCAGUUUUCAGAUAAUCGCUGUCAAGUUAAAAGAUAAAAUGCACUGUUUCAAUUAGCUUUAGCAAAAUUCCUUUUUAUGCAUUAUAGGACAAAGGUAACUGGAACAGUAAUGCAUUUUGUUGCAUACUUUGGGAAUGCAUAUAUUGAAACUGAAGUAAUCCUUGGAAUUCAAGUGGAUAUGCCUCGCAAAUUCGCUGGCUUCAAUCCAUAAAUUGCAAUACGCGCCAUAAAGUAAUUACAGUCGAGCACCUCUACAACAAACUCCUCUACAGCAAAAUGGCCUGUAUAAUGAAGGAAUUAUUCUGUCCCGGUUCUAUCGAGAGCUGUGAGGUGCGCGAUCUUUACAACAAAGCGAUAACGAACGAUUUCGGAGGCCUCAAGCACUUUGCUAUAAAGGCAUUCGACUAAAUAAAAUGUUGACUGGUGAAACUUUGCCAAUUGUUUACUAUAUAUUCCAAUUUCAUGCAACAAUGUUUAUCUCUUUGAGCAAUCCAGGUUAAGGAUUAGAACUGCGCCAUCCGCCCAACAGAAGACUUGUAAUUCUGCACAACUUGUUUUGAAAUGCAGGUACUUUUCACCCUUGGAAGUAACAGCCCGUGUUGUGAAAGAGUGUGUUGAAGAACAGGAAGUAUAUUUUGUGAGAGAAUUAGAAAAGAAAAUUGUACCUUUAUUGUUGGGCAUACAUACAUAUAUGGCAGUUACCAUGUGUCGCUUUCAGAAUGUGCGUAUUACCUUUAUGCGUCGGAUUUUUCCCCCGAUGCAGAUGUUGUUAUUAACCUGUCUAUUAUACAUGAUAAAAGGCAUAUUGUAAAAUUGA